UCGCGAGAUAGACUGUGCCACAAACCGAAGAAUGUCAGGGGCACCAAAUGCGGACGCUGAAGGACUAGUCUCCAAAGUACAAGUGAAAAAGGAGAUCAAGACAAUCGUGGAGAAUUUGGAAACCAUCCUGGGAGACCUCAAGGAUGUUGCUAAAGAACUUAAAGAGGUUGUCCACGACAUUGACACCCUGACAGGUGACCUGCAAUUGGAGGAGGACGGAAUGACGGACAGCUCUAAGACAGACACGCUCAACUCCAGCUCAAGCUCCACCACCACCACCACCACCGCUUCCAGCCUGGAGAAGAUGAAGCUCUUCCCCGAGGACUGCAUCUUCAAAAUACCUGCACCCAUCGCCCCGGCCCCCAUCAACCCUCCUGCAGUCCUGACCGUGCUCAAGAAACCCCACCCUCCCCUUCCGCCACCCAGACUCACCCCGCUGAGAGCCGAGGAUCACAACAUUAAGAAUCUGCCUCAUCCAACAUUAGUGUUAUCAGGGAAUAUAUCCAAGGCCAGCGGGUCUCUAAUGAGGAAUGGCGGGGUUUUUCCACUGAAACCAAACAGGGAUUUAUUCUCCUCCACGCCGUGUUUCAUUUCCAACGACGGCGGCAUCCCUGAGUCGGGCCUUGUUCCUUCAUUACCCAGACCUAUGCCUCUUCUCCGCCAUGAAAAGAACAAAUGCCCCAAAGACCCUGGUAGGGAGUCUCGUGAGAGGGAGCGUGUCCGUUUCAGUGAGAAGGUCCAGUACCACGGCUACUGUCCCGACUGUGACCUCCAAUACGAUGUAGACGACACAGAACUGCACCUACAGGCUGAGCUCAGCGACUUGAGGCUCAGCCCUGUGCAUUGCUGCACUUCCUCUUCCCCACCUCCUCCUCAUGCUCUUCCUCAUGAACUAAUGUUGGAAAACGGUGGCCUCUCAGUCAGCCACAGUUUCCCGCCGACAUCGAACACUCCUCCGCCUUUUGUGCCUCCUCACCCGCCUUCCCUCAAGCCCCAGAAAACAAUCCUACGCAAAUCAACAACUACCACGGUUUGAUGCCGAACCCCUCACUCUGUCUUACUUAAACAUUCUUGAAUCAUUCAUAGUGUUUUCUAGUUUAUGAGAGCUUUCUACUCCAGCUGAACUUUGGAUUAUCCAAACAGAGAGAGAGGAAGGGCUGGGAAAUAGGAAACAAAGGGAUGGAUAUAGUGAGUGGAACAGAGAGAAAGGCAUCGCCACGGGCGCUGAGGAGUACACAGAGAGAUCAGGAAGAAGCGGGUCCAUUGAGAUACUUGAGAUACAAGUGGAAGAGAUGCUUGUUUCGUACACUGAUCGACCCCAGUUGAUCGGCAAGGGGGGGGGCCUGAGCCGAGGCCAAGCAUCAACUUUUUUUUUUUUCUCUACAUAAAGCGCUAAUGGCUCUCAACCACCAGGAGCUCAUCCAAAUUUAUACUUUGACUUCUGAGCACUGAACGACCUCCAGGCACAGCUGUGCCAGCGCAAUGUUACUGUGAAACUGGGGAAGGAUGAAGGGCAGCCACUGUAUGUGCAUGCAUACAGAUAUGUACAGAUGAUAUAUAGGUCGUGGAGGUCAUAUUUUUGUUACAUAGAAGUAGUUGAUUUAAAGUUUAGAAUGCUGCUGAAACCCUAUCAUAAGUGAAGAGGCAUGUUUAGUUGAAGAGGAACAGGAUGGGGUGAAAUGAUGUCAGCCAGUAUUUGAUUGAUGUCUUUAUAGACUUUUGCUCUGUGCAUACUCAGAUGGAAAUCAAUGGCUCCACUCAACCGAUGGAAUUAGCCUUUUAAGAAUUGUAAUUGUUUGUGUCUGGAGAGCCCGACAGGUCUGCCCACGAGCAAAAUGCUGCUCGGCUGGACUGCAGAUAAGGAGAAAAAUUGUAUUAUGUCAGUAUGCACAAUCACAGUGUAUUUUUAAGGGGAAAGACUAAUGGUUUGAAAUGAAUGAUGAUGUCGUCACUGAUCUGUGUCCAGACAUUAAGUUCAUUGUAUAUCAAAAUCUGUGUGCUCAACUGGUGCCAUGCAAGCUGUGUUUUUCUUUUCUUUUAUCACGAUGACAUGCAGAGAUGGAGUUAAGUGACGUAGCUACAGCUUUAAAGGAUCCUUGAAGAAGUAAUAAUUUGCAUCAAAUUUUCUUUGUAUACAAAUAUACAUGUACAUGUUUGAUAUCUAUAUAUUUCAGGCAUUUUUCUACAGAGACUUUAACAUUUAAAGAGAUGAUAUUUUUGAUAUUGUGUUAGAUGACUGAGAGGCAUUUUGAUGAAAGCUGACAUUCCCUCGAGGUAUGCAUUUUUCAGCAGGGCAUAGGCGGAUGAUGAGUAAUUUAUAUAUAGCAACAGGAUGGUGUUUGUAUGGAUGAACAACAAGUGCUCAGUAUUAUCAAGAAACUUUACAGAAUGAGCUGAGGAAAAUUAAAGUGGAGAAGAUGAAAGGCGUAAAACCAAAUACCUAGUUGUGCUUUAUCAGAUGGGAGGCAUGGGGCUGAAUGAAUGCAUGACUGACUCUUCACUUUGUCCUGCCAUCACUGUGUUUUUCUAUGCAUUUCUGUGGAGAGGCUGUCUGUUGGUGAGUCCAACAUGCAGGGUGCUCUGCUCUCCUAGAGUUAAGAAGUAUUCCCUCUUAUUUCCUCACACAAUGUCCAUCAGGUUGUUUCUGCAGCCACUGUAAAUCUGAAAAAUCUCCUGGGAUUUACCACAUUGCUUAGACCGGGGGUCAGCAACCUUUGUUACCAAAAGAGCCUUCUUGCCAAAAGAAAUCUGACAAGAGCUACAAAACAUAUUUGAGCCCUCUGAUGAAGGUAACACAGCCUAAAAAGUCUGAAUUAGCAAGAUUAUUAAAAUGAGCAUUCGUUAAUGUUUUCACACACUUGUGGCUACUCUGCACUGGGAUGUUUAGGCUUAUAUGGUACUUGAAUUUUGCAUUUUAAACAAAUAAAUAAAAUUAUAGCUGUAGCAGAGCUUUAAAAAAAUUAACACUGAAAACAAUAAAAGCUUGGGUUUAAUUUUGACUAAAGUCAAUCUCAGUAUGAAAUAAUCCCCUUCUUUUUUAAACCAUGGCCACAUACAGCAAUCAACCCUCGGGCCUGAGCAUAAAACUAAGCAAUAUCAGCUCAGGGUCAUCAAAUUCAUAGCAUGGACACAGGAUGUAGGGGUGCGGAGGGGCCUGCAGCACCUCAUAAAACAAGUCAUUAGAAGAAAAAAAAACUUCAAUGAAUUGUCCACAUGAUAUAAAAGUAUGAGGCUUAAUAUAACUUGACAGUUCUCUUGUUAACCAGUCAAGUGGAUGAACUACACUGCAGACGGGAGGUUUGUAUCAGACACAAUGUUUUUUUACACAAGGAAGGAAAUAACUUCACGUAAAACAUUUGGCAAAUUCACGAGAAGACCCAAAUAAUCAAGGAUUUGUCACAGACUGUUUCACACAGUUGAAGUUUCUCCUAACUCAAUAGCAUGCAGAAUUAAGAGAUUUUACAAUGGAGGCUUGGGAUUUUUUUUCCUCCUUGCUAAUUUAGACUUGCUGUGUUGGUGUCAAAGUCUGCUUUAAUGCAAAACAUUUUGGAAUUGAACUUUUUUUUUUAAUACAUUGAAUAUAAGGUUAUCCUGGCCACUGAUAUCAAUACAAAAAGCAUGACUGUCGCACACAUUUACUACAGCUUCAUUAUACACUGACCUCUCAGCUCCUUGCAACUGUGACCGAUUUACAGCAUCCCUGGUUAACUGAUAAAAUCACAACUGUGUAGGCCGUUUUUUUACAAACAUGGAAUGUCAGCAUCACUUGAGGCCUACAACAAUGAUAUGUUAAAAAAAAAAUAGCCAUUAUUUAUUUCCCGCUGCAGGUUGCUGACCCCUGCCUGAGGUCAAUGAUUCACUGAUAAUUGAAUAAUAAUAAUAUCAAAGUUUAUUUAUAUGGCACGUAUCAAAACCCAACAAAUUGCUCUUACCAGGACAAAAACAGAAUAAAAAGGAAGAAUGUUAAUAUCUAUAGUGAACGCAUUUUCAUUUGGAUCAAUCAAAGGGUGAGAAACGUCUAUAAAAUCUUUGAUACACAGCCUCUGUCCACAUCCAGGCCGGAAGCACCACACAUGUAAACUCCACCUCUUUGUUCUCACUGGACACAGAGACUGAAUUCAUGAGCAAACUCUGGCUCAAUCGAGAUUCAGUUUUAAAGAUGACUGGAAUGUCUCUAAAAGCUGUCAGUGGUAUUUUGUCGUGUGUGUCCUCAAACUGUUGGAAAAUAACUUGUGAGAAGUAAACACUUUACACUUGG